AAUAAUACUGGAAAUGAAACAUGGGACAGCAAAAACAGAAGAAAGAGCAAAAGUAUUGGAAAAAGAAGCAAUGAAAGUGGGACUGAAAACCAAGGAGGAGCUGAAGCCCUGGGAGCAACACUCUGCUGUCAUCACCAUUCCUCGUUUUGACUACAACGCCCCUUCUUCUCUCCUCAGUCUUUCCCACUCCGGAUUCCUCGUCACCUGUCCCAUCACUAAGAAGAGGAGAACAUCUGUAAGUACAGAGGAGGAACUUGGCAACAGUUUGGAGAGGAAAGAUGCAGCCAAUGACUUUGGAGAACCUGUGGCUGUUUGGCUUCUUUACCUUUUGGUUCUGAGCAAAUUUUGCACCAUGGCAUGUCCUGCUUGGCAUGGUUAUAUUUUUCAUGGCAAUAUUGAGUGCUGUGACCGGCUUGAUUGAGAAAUACAUCUUCACGGGCUUAAGAAGAGGGCAAGAAGCAUUGAUAGUUAACUUCAGUGGCCUGCUCAUCCUCCUCUUUGGAGUAGCUAUUGGCUUCACUGUUCUUCUUCCAAGAAGUUAUUAAAGAAGUAGUCAUUGGAAAAUCUUGUAAUGUUUGGUUAUAUUUAUAUAUAGUUUGGCCCAAUAUUGCAGCUAGACUAAACAUUUUGUUAGAGUAAUGAUUCCCAUGUUUGUUACAAGUGCUCCGAGUAUUUGAAUAGUUUAUUUGGUCAAAUAGUUCUUUUAAAACCUGCAUUUUAUGCAUGAGAUUUGUGACAUUGGCAUAUGAACUUUUUUGGGACUAUUGGAGCUAGAAAAUGGCCAUAA